GCCAAUUUAAGACUCAGAUAAAACGUUUUCUUUUUUAUUUAAUUCCUUGCGUGACAUGCAUCUGCCAUUUUGGCCAGUCUUUGAGCUAUUAUCAUAAAGUGCCUAACCUAACUGGAAAAGUUAGCUGGUUAUGUCUCGAACGCGUAGACGAUGAUUUCUUGAGAUUUGACGACUACUUGAAUAACGAUAUUGAUUGUUUUGAGAACUUAGCCGAACUUCUGAAGAUGUUUUUAGGGGAAGAGAUUUGUCAAGAUAUCCCUGGUAUAGAUGUUGUAUGCGUGAACUGUGCUGAUAAAACACUGGCAACAAUAAGUUUUAUUAAAAAUUGUGAAAAAUCCACACAACUAUUGCAUAAAGUAUUUGAUGAUCUUAAUAGAACAUUGAAUAUUGACAUAGAAUCAUCUGAAACAGGCGAGAGGCUUUACAUUGUUGUAGGCAAAGAAGAUUCAAAACUUGUUUUUGCAAAAAAAGAUAAAAUAGAUAAUGUUAAAUCUAUUAAAGUUAAAUGUAGGGAGUGCGAUGAAAUAUUCUGUAACAUACAACAACUUAAAGAACAUAAUGAAACUACUCAUGACAAAUACACUUGCACCAAAUGUUUAGAAGUAUUUUUAACUGAAAAUGAUUUAAUUGAACACGCUGACAGCACUGAAAACUUUACAUGUCCUGAAUGUCACCAGUACAGAUGUACUAAAAAGAGUCUUAAAAAACAUCAAGAUGAACAACAUACCAAUUACAUAUGCAAGGGAUGUGGUAAGACAUUUAGAGGUCUACAUAAAUUACAGAGCCAUGAGUUGAGACACAAAGUCAAGAGUACAUGCCCAAAAUGUGGCAAACAUUAUAUUACCAAAGAAUUUUACCUGCGUCAUAUAAAGCUAUGCCUAGAAAACCAGUUGGACCCUCAUCCAAUGAGAAGUAAAUUGGUGAAGACACACUUUUGUGAUAAAUGUGGGAAAGGAUAUAGUACUCCUGGGGGUUUGAGAGUUCAUGAAAGAUUUGUUCAUGGUAAUGCCAAACCACACAUUUGUAAAUAUUGUAACAAGGGUUUCACAGCUCCGAGCUACUUAAAAAUACAUUUGGUUACACAUACCGGUGAGAAAAAAUUCCCAUGUGAAAUUUGUCAACGAAAAUUUGUUUCCAAAGAAGCUCUGUUAUAUCAUACAAGACGUCACACAGGGGAAAAGCCCUACAGUUGUCAAUUAUGCGAUGAGCGAUUUGUUAAUGCCUCCACUAGGGCUGAACACAUAAAAUUUAAGCACAUUGGCCCAACAUUGUUAUGUGAAAUUUGUUCUCAAAAAUUUGUGACACCAUCAUUUUUAAGACAGCACAUGAAAAAGCAUCACGAUCCAACUAAUAAAUUGUAUACAGAAUGGACUUCAAUACCUUCCAGUAUUACAGAACAAAACGUCAGUAUAUCUUAGAGAUUACCUAUUGUAGGUGUUAAUUAGUUAUGGUAAGAGUUACUAAAGCAUUGUAUUUGUGUGAAAUUAAUAAAUUGUGUUGCAUU